CCUGUAGCCCCUCAUCUUCUUAAGACCGAGGACACCUCUCGCAAAUAUUACGUGAACCCCAUCAAGACGUACGCACACCCCAUUUGAUAACUGCGGCUGUUCUUGUCUGAAAGCGACCCGAACCGUUCCUCCUGGGCGGCAUCAAAUCAACCGGGUGGUGAAGACUGGGCCUGUCUCUGUCUGUCUUGUUCCAAAACACAAGCAUGGCGUCCACACUGCUGAGUCGUCAGCUGGGCCUGUCCAUACAGAGGAACCUGCGUUUGUCAGGCUCAGGCCGCAGGCAUAUCAGCAAAAUGGCAACCAAGACACUGGAUGAGUUUGACUAUGAUGGUCCCUCAAUGAAGACAGAAGUGCCUGGUCCAAAGUCAAGGGAACUGGCCAAACAGCUGGGAGAAAUCCAGAAUGUGGGUGCAGUGCACUUCUUCUGCAACUAUGAGGAAAGCAGGGGAAACUACCUGGUGGAUGCCGACGGCAACCGAAUGCUGGACUUGUACACCCAGAUCUCCUCUAUUCCCAUCGGAUACAACCACCCAGCCCUCCUGAAAGUCUUGUCAAAGCCCCACAAUCUAAGCACCUUUGUGAACCGUCCAGCUCUGGGGAUUCUUCCACCGGAAAACUUCCCAGAAAGGCUGAUGGAGACUCUCGUUUCGGUGGCCCCCAGGGGCAUGAGUCGUGUGCAGACCAUGGCAUGUGGGUCCUGUUCCAAUGAGAAUGCCUUCAAGUCUAUGUUCAUCUGGUACAAAAACAAGGAACGGGGCCACAAUCAACCGUCGCAGGAGGAAAUAAACAGCUGCAUGCUCAACCAGGGCCCGGGCUGUCCUGACCUCAGCAUCCUGUCCUUUAUGGGGUCAUUUCAUGGAAGGACCAUGGGCUGCCUUGCCACAACCCACUCAAAAUCCAUCCACAAGCUGGACGUGCCCUCCUUUGACUGGCCCAUAGCCCCUUUCCCCAAGCUGCGCUACCCGCUGGAGGAGUUUGUACGGGAAAAUUCCCAGGAGGAGGCCCGAUGCUUGGAGGAGGUGGAAGACCUCAUAGUGAAAUGGAGACAGAAGGGCAAGACGGUGGCGGGGAUUGUCACUGAGCCCAUCCAGUCCGAAGGCGGUGACAACCACGCCUCUCCUGACUUCUUCAAAAAGCUGCGCAACAUUGCACGGAAGCACGGCUGCGCCUUCCAUGUGGACGAAGUUCAGACGGGAUGCGGCCCCACCGGAAAGUUCUGGGCCCACGAGCACUGGGGGCUGGAUGACCCUGCAGACAUUGUGUCUUUUAGCAAGAAGAUGCUCACUGGGGGUUACUUCCACAAAGACGAGUUCAUGGCAGACAAGCCAUACAGGAUCUUCAACACGUGGAUGGGCGACCCAUCCAAAAACAUCUUCCUGACUGAAGUGCUAAAUGUGAUCAAGACAGAGCGCCUGCUGGAGGAGGUGUCGCGGUCGGGGAAGGCACUGCUGCAGGGUUUGUAUGAGCUGCAGGCCCAGUACCCCCACCUUCUGAGUGCUGCCAGGGGCGUGGGCACAUUUUGUGCCAUUAAUGCUCGGGAUGAUGCCACACGUGACAGGCUCAUUCUCAAAGUCCGGAACAAAGGCAUCAUCCUUGGAGGCUGUGGUGAGAAGUCCAUCAGAUUCCGUCCUGCUCUGGUGUUCAAGGAGUAUCAUGUGCACCUUUUCCUGAACAUCUUCAACGAUGUGCUGGCUGAGCAUAAGUAAGGGCCUCCAAGGAACACAACUCUGCCACAGAGCGCAAGGGUCCAAUACGAGGGAGAACUCUGAUGAAUCGCAAAAGAGCCAAUUAUAACCCUUCCUUUUCCUUUCUCCAACUGGGAUGAGGCAUCCACCCCAAAAGCACACUUUUACUUUCUUUUUAGAAACACCCAAAUGCCACAUGACUGAAUAUAAGGGUUACAAAAAUGCAAUACUCUAUCCAGGGGCAAGAGCACAACAGCAUCUCUGUUCAAAUGCUUCAAGAAAUAUGCAGUUCCUUACAUUACUGCUUGUGAUUUGUCACAUGGAGAUGGUGGAUGUGAGAGAAGCACUGAAAUUACACCACCAGGUGCAAGAGUCAUGGCUGUCAAUGUGGAGGAAUGAAGGAACAGGGAGAAUAGAGAUGACAUGUCAGUCCUGCAGUAGCAGAGGCUUCCAUGCGGGAGACUAGCAUGCAUUUAAAAAAAAAAAA